GGGGCGGGGAGGCCGCUCCUCCGUUCACGUCGGCAAUUGGCUGCGCUGUUCCCAUAGACCGUCUAUGGCUGUUCCCCGCUGUUACAGCUGCUUCCUGCUGCACAGCGUGGCACACACACACACACACACACACACACACACACACAGACAGACAGUUUUUUUAAUGACAUGCACGUCAUGUGGCGUGAGUGCGCGCGAUGCUGCUGCAGCCCAAAGUCCGGUUCGUGCUGCAUCUCUUAUCGGGAUGUUUGAAGGUUAACGCGGCGGUGCGGCAGUUUAGUUUAGUGCGGAUCUGAAGCUCAGCCUGCAGGGUUAGGAGGGCCACAAGCACCGAGCAGAGACCAGAGACCAGAGCCAGCAGCAGCGUGUGGACCAGCGGCCCGGAGCCUACCCCUAACCCCGCUGGAGCAGCAUCUGGCAGCGGCCAACCGGACCACGGAGCCAUGACCGAGAGGCGGAUGUCCCGGUGGUAUUUCGGCGGGCUGGCGUCCUGCGGAGCCGCCUGCUGCACGCAUCCUCUGGACCUGGUGAAGGUUCACCUGCAGACGCAGCAGGAGGUGAAGAAGAGGAUGCUGGGGAUGGCCGUCCACGUGGUGAAGAGCGACGGCGUGCUGGCUCUGUAUAACGGCCUGUCGGCCUCGCUCUGCAGACAGAUGUCCUACUCCCUGACCAGGUUUGCCAUCUAUGAGACGGUGAGGGACAUGAUGGGGAGCACCAACAAAGGCCCCAUGCCGUUUUACCAGAAGGUCCUGCUGGGAGCCUUCGGAGGUUUCACUGGCGGGUUUGUUGGAACGCCGGCAGACAUGGUGAACGUCAGGAUGCAGAACGACAUGAAGCUGCCAGCAGAGCUGAGGAGAAACUAUAAACACGCCAUCGACGGGCUCUUCAGAGUCUUCAGAGAAGAGGGUCUGAGGAGGCUGUUCUCAGGAGCCACCAUGGCCUCCAGCAGAGGAGCGCUGGUCACUGUGGGACAGUUGGCGUGCUAUGACCAGGCCAAGCAGCUGGUGCUGGGGACGGGCAUGAUGGGGGACAACGUCCUCACACACUUCCUGUCCAGCUUCAUCGCAGGAGGCUGCGCCACAUUCUUGUGUCAACCUCUGGACGUGCUGAAGACGAGACUAAUGAGCUCAAAGGGAGAAUACACGGGGGUCAUGCAUUGCGUACGAGAAACCGCCAGGCUUGGUCCGCUGGCGUUCUACAAGGGUCUCGUCCCCGCAGGGAUCCGCCUGGUUCCUCACACCGUGCUCACCUUCCUCUUCCUCGAGCAGCUCAGGCAGAACUUUGGCAUUCGCAUCAUCUCCUGAGCGGCUCUGGGACCGGGCGCUCUGGGACCAGGUGCUCUGGGACCGGGCGCUCUGGGACCGGGCGCUCUGGGACCGGGCGCUCUGGGACCGGGCGCUCCGGGACCGGGCGCUCUGGGACCGGGAGCUCUGGGACCGGCCGCUCUUUAACCUCCCCAUCCCACCAACACCCCGUCAUCGCUCUACUCUCAGCAUUUACAAGAAACAAGGGAAGAAGGGGACUCGUGUAGUUCGUUCUGUGUUUGUUCAUGUUUCCCUUCUCCUUUUGCUCUACCUCUAUUUCACAGCUAGUAAUGAGUUUAUUAUGAGCACCAACAAAAACUACAACUAUCAGACCAUUUUCUCCAUCAGCUUAGAUUGCCGAUACGAUUUUAAGAGCGAACAUGCUGAUUUAUAAAGGUGCUUCAGAUGGGUUUAUUAGAAUGACCAGCCAAAUUUAGAGUUAAGAUUAAAAUCAGCUCUAGCAGAUGUUUAAUGUCAGCGUCCAGUGUAAUUUCAUGUGAUGUUAGUUAUGUGACAGGAUGAGACAUGUUGAGAUUUAGUGUUAAUUUUGAGUUUAGGAGCAAUUUAUCAGUCGCGUUGACAGACAAACUAAAUGUUGACUUUAACUAAUUCCAGAUCAGAGUUUGUGAUUUAUGUCAAACUAACAAACGGUUUCCUGUUGGUCCUCUGCAACACUUGGUGUCGUGUCAGGCCAGGACGGAGUUCGUUAUAAAGCAGAAGUACAAAAUGCAAACAAACACAGUGUAGCCUUUUCAUCAGUGCCAUUCUUGAGAAUAUAUAUUAUUUCCCAAAAGCCAUUACUAAAACAUGACUGAGCAAGCUGUUAUGUAAUUACAUAGUAAUCAUUCCCAACAGUGGUGACCAAAUGUGAUGCACCCUGGAUUUAACAGUUCAUUUGUUUGCUUUUCUUUGCUAAAUUAUUGUGUUUAUGACUGGAAAUCAACUAAUAGCAGGUUAAAAUGUCUUUAAAGAGGCUGUGCAUGACAUUCAGAACAUUCAGUCUGAGCUGGGAUUAUUCCCACAUGGUCCUCACAAGCAAGCAUGGAAGUGGCUGAGCAAAAAUGGGCGCUAACGGUGCUAACAGAGCUAGCAGUGGUGCUGGGGUUAGCUGACACUGCCUGGCCGACCUGGCUGAUAACCGCGUACCCCAACGUGGGUCGGGACGGUGCUAACAGUGCUAAUGAGGGUUAGCUCCCAGGAUGACCUGGCUUCCAUACUGACGCCACCCUGACCCACAGUACCCGACCUUCUGAAAGCCACAUGGUAUCUAAUAAGAUAGAGUUUUUAGUCUGUUCAUCUCGCAGACAGACUGUCCAACACUGCCAUUAAAACCACUCAUACACUUAACGGACGAUGCAUCUCCCACUCUACGAAAGUGAAGCCAGAUAUCCCAAAUAAGGAAGCUGCCAUCUUGUAUUGGUGAUGUCAUUUGGAACCAGAGUCUGCACAGGAGUGAGUCCCGGUAUCAAGUUCCUGCCUAAAAUACUGCCCGAUCCAAUCAGAGUACAAUGUGAGCUGUCAGUUGUUUUAUAGCAUCAAAUAACUUUUUAAAUUUUAAAAUCAAAUUUAUCAGAACAAUUGAACAUACAUCAGCAUCAUCAUACAUAAAACCUCUUAACUCAGCAACAUAUAUCUAGUAUAGUGCAAAGCAAUUGGUGUUAUAAUUCUAGUACCAAAAAGUUUAAAAUGGAAUUGCAAAAUUGAUAACUUGUAUAAUAAAAUAUUGAUACUGGGCAUCUGAUCCUAUACUGCCAUGCAGAACAUCAUGAUACUAUGCAGUAUUGAAUAUAACGCACAUUUGGGCUGUUUAACAAGACAAAGCAUGGAGAAGCACUCAGGAAGUGUAACUGACUGUAUCUGGAGCUACGUUAAUGUUCUGAAUGUCGUGCACUCCUCCUGUAACACUGGUCUGAUUCUCCUUAACUUCAUUCUGAUUCCUCUGUCAUCGUUUCACUCUCCAGUGUUUGGGAGAAGAGGACCAAGCUUGUUUGUCUCGUGUUUUUAAGAAAAUGUGAAGCAGAAAGAGCAGACUGUUGAAGCCUGCUCAUUUGGCAGCAGCUCCUUCAGUCCUGGUAAAUUCUGUAUGACCACUUGAUCUCUUAAAGUUCCUACUGUUUGAAUAGAGAUGCCUGUAGAAAACUGCUGGACUGUACGAGUGUACAUGUAGCUUUCCAUCCAUAAUGUUGGUGUUUCGUUGAGCUGAAUGCAUGUCAGACAUUAUGACUCAGGAUGCUACUCUGUUUUAUGAGGCACUUUAUUAAAAAUCAUGGACUCAUACUGACUAACCUGCUGCGUAGAAACACAUGCUGCAUAAUAUAACAUGUUUAAAAAAUUAAAACUGUUAAUGAUGUUAAUGGUUCCAGUUGAGGCCAGUCUAAUGUUCUGUGACUCUUGCCAGUAAUGGUCCAAUGAUAGUCUUGCCUUGGUUCAGUGAGAGGAUGCAUGUUGUGCCUUACAGUCUGCGUCCUGCAGGGGGCAGCAGAGGACCGUGUGAAUGAUGUUGAUGCCAACAAGCCUCUCUGGGCGAGCUGCCGAGCCCGGUACCAGGGAUGCAUUUACAAAAUAAAAGGAGAACCACAAGCUCAGAUAGUGACCUGCAUGUUCUUUAAGUGUAAUAAACAAUGUGAGGUUCUGUAGAUCAGCCAUAGUACGUAAUGUUAACCCCAGCUUUAUUCAUAAUGCACAGAAAUGAAACUGGAGGGAAGUUGUGAAUUUCUAUUUUGUAUAAUACUAACUGAUGAUUUUGGAAUUAAAAUACUAAUGGACAA